GGUGCGCAGGCAGCCCAAUCAGAGGCGGCCGGUGCUGAGCUGACUGGCAGAGGGGCUGGGAUUUGUUUUGUUUUUUUGUAAUGGUGUGGGGUUUUUUUACAACACUGUGCUCUGUUGCAUUUUAAACGGCCGGUCUGCACAGAAGGGAGAAUAAGAGGCUGAACAGGAGGAGGAGGAGGAGGAGGAAGAGCAGAGGCCCCUCUCAAGACAGCAGCUUAUUUCAUCCAGUUGUAUCGAAGAGGAGGGGAGGAUGCGGACCUAAAGAGGAAGAGGAGCAGCUCUCCCCUCGACACCUGCCUCUUCAUCGCCUCCUCUCUUUCUGUCGGUCUUCAUCCUCUCUGGAACAAAGGCCAUUUUCCUUUCUCCUCGCCGCUGCCGUGUUUUUUGGCCCGGCGAACGCUGAGUCAUCAUGUCGGACCUGACGCCUCAGAGCGAGACCCCGACCCCCACCACAGACAAGAUCACCCAGGCCGCACGGGAGACCAUCUAUCUCUGCAACUUUCGCGUUUCCGUCGACGGCGAGUGGCUCUGCCUGCGCGAGCUCAACGACAUCUCGCUCACGCCGGACCCCGAGCUGGACCACGAAGAUCCCAAAGACCCGAUUGCCAUUGAAAGGCUCAACUUGAUGAACAUGGCCAAGCUGAGCAUCAAGGGCCUGAUCGAGUCGGCGCUCAACCUCGGACGCACGCUGGACUCCGACUACGCGCCGCUCCAGCAGUUCUUUGUCGUCAUGGAGCACUGCCUUAAACACGGACUAAAAAGUAAGAAGACGUUCCUGGGGCAGAACAAGUCGUUCUGGGGGCCGCUGGAGCUGGUGGAGAAGCUGACCCCCGAGGCUGGAGAGAUCACUGCCAGCGUGAAAGACCUGCCUGGGUUAAGAACUCCGUUGGGAAGAGGCCGGGCCUGGCUGCGCCUGGCCCUGAUGCAGAAGAAGCUCUCAGACUACAUGAAGACCAUCAUCAACAGGAAGGACCUGCUCAGUGAGUUUUACGAGCCAAACGCCCUGAUGAUGGAGGAGGAGGGCGCCGUCAUCGCCGGGUUGCUCGUCGGCCUGAACGUCAUCGACGCCAAUCUGUGCAUGAAGGGGGAGGACUUGGACUCGCAGGUCGGCGUCAUUGACUUCUCCAUGUACCUGAAAGACGGAGGACACAGCAGCAAGAGUGCAGAGGGUGACGGUCAGAUCACUGCGAUCCUCGAUCAGAAGAAUUACGUUGAAGAACUGAACAGACACUUGAGUGCAUCGGUAAAUAACCUCCAGGCCAAAGUAGAUGCUCUGGAAAAGUCCAACACGAAGCUGACGGAAGAGCUCGCAGUGGCAAACAACAGGAUCAUCACUUUACAAGAGGAUGUGGAGAGAGUAAAGGAAGAGACUUCGUUUCAGCAGGAGUCCAGGAAGGCGUCGUCAGCGGACGGACAGGUGCUGGGUGAAACCCGGAAGCAGCUCAAAGAGGAAACUCAACUUCGACUGGACGUGGAGCGGGAGCUGGAGGUGCAGAUCGGGAUGAAGCAGGAGAUGGAGCUGUCCAUGAAGAUGCUGGAGAAGGACAUCUGUGAGAAGCAGGACGCUCUGGUGGAGCUCCGGCAGCAGCUGGAAGACCUACGUGCCAUCAACCAACAGCUCAGCCACAAGUCACAGAGCGCAGAUGCGAGCUCGAAACAGAAAAGUGAAGCCAUCGCUCGGCUGGAGGAGAAAAUCAGCCAGAUGUCUGGCACCGUGAAGCAGCUGGAGAACAGAUGGAAACAGGCCGAGAGGGAGCGGGAUCUGGCCUUAGAGGCCAACCGGCUCUUCAAGCAGGACUUUGGAGACAAAAUUGAGGGUCUGCAGGCGGAGGUGGAGCAGCUGCGCAGACAAAGAUUUGGCCUGGAGCAGGAGCUGAGGAGAGAACGAGAGCAGAAGCAAAACCUGAGCGCUGCAGCCAGAGCUUCUGCUCCGAGGAAGAUCAAGCAUCCAGAGAGUCCUCCAAAGCUUCUUUCACAAUCUACACCAACCAAGACGGCCCAGCCACUGGGAGAACUGGAAGAGAAAACCAGUCUGAGCUCCAGUCUCUCGUCACAUACUGAGGAUGGGCAGGAAGAGACGCUCCCUGAGGGCCCCCAGCCUUACGUUUGCACCCUGUGUAAGCAGGACGACUCCCUCUUGAGGACAAAGAAACAAUGCAAGAACUGCUUAAACUUUUUCUGCAAGAGCUGCGUCUCUCAUGAGCUGCCGCUGCCUUCCUCCAUCCUCCCGGAGACGGUGUGUGCAUCCUGCUACUCGCAGUUACUGCAGCAGUACGCGUCGCAGCAGUACUGUUCUGCGUCGGCGCCAACAUGAGCGCUCGCAGAACAGCCAGAGGCAUUAAGACCUAAAAACUGCCACUGCAGGAAGCACUUUCCCCCUCAAAAUGUCAUAAAAGAUUAUCUUUGGGGUGCAUUUUUUUUAAACAUUCGAAUUUUUGCCAUGCAGGUUUUCAACCAGUAACACCUUUAUUUGGUGUUACUUGUCACAUCCACUUCAACUUAAGGGAAAAUCAGCUGCAGCAUAGCUGAUAAGGGCACCAAACUGGAUUUAAAAUACAUUUAUAUAAUCUCUCUCAUUGUUUCUUAAUAUAAAAAUAUCCACUGAAUGGGAUAUUGCUGGGUAUUUCAACAGAUAUUUAUGUUUUUAAUGAAUAAAAAUGGAGAAACUGGAUGUUAUGCUUGUAUUUUAAGCUUCUGCUUUGCUUUUUUUAUUGUUGAUAGCAGAUCAGUUUCACAGUUUUGGUCUCUGCAUCAGAUUUCCACUGGUGCCAAGUGGGGACCAUCCGUUAUGAGCAUUGAAACAAAUUUGGCCUAAAAUGUUUAUUUUAAAUGUGAAAAAAGUGGCCAAAUGCUUCUCAUUUGUCCUUAUUUUGAGAAAUUACAUUAGCCUAAUAUGUAUUUUUAUGCAAUAUUUAGCAUUUGGUGGCUAGGUUAGCCCAUAAGCGCAGCAUAGCUUAGCAUAAAGUGAAGGUAGAGUCCAGUUGACUGCCUUGUUAGCCGUUUCACCAAACCAGCACGUAGAAGCCGAUUAGUCCAACUCUAUUGUUUUCCUCAUGAAUAUAUCACAUGUAGGGCCCACAUGGACAAAAAACUGUUAAAUAACGGGCACCACUUGGCCUUGUCAAAUGGUUUGGCAAUGACUCCAUGUUAAAUGUUUAUAUAGGUUUGAUGUGGGGCCCAUUUAGGUGUUUGAUUUUAACUUAAUACCAAAUUAUGACCCAAAAAGGAUCUUCAUAGAACCAACUCCAUGGUUUUCUUGAUAUUUCUUAUGCCAACACCAGAUUUCAUUUUGACAAUUAACUAAUCAAGUUAACAAAAUUCAUAUUUACAUUAACUAUCAUUCACAUAUGGGGCCCCUAUGGAUGGAAAAUGGGCUUGUCAAAUGGUUAUACAAUGGCUCCAGGGGGCUCCAUCAACAAAUUAGUCAAACUCAACGAUUCUCUAUACUGAUGACACAUAUUGACAGAAAAUGGGUUAAAUAAUGGACACCAUAUGUGUUCUUAUAGGUUUGAUCUAUGACCCAUGUGGGCACACAGUUAUAACUAUCCUGCUACCAAAUUCAGAACAAAGAAAGACCUUCAUGGGAUGCUCCAUCUGGUUUCGCCAUUAUGAGGCGCACUACGUUGGCUCCAGGUAACACCCACAAAUCCUUAUGGGGCCCACAUACUUAUGAUGACUGGUACAUUGUAGGUGCUACAUCUGCUAAUGCAAGGAAUAAUGGUGUGUUUUAUAAAAUAAAGGUAUAAUCUACCAAAAUGGCUGCUGUCUGAAUGAAACAUGGUAAAAGCAGAGGUAAUAAAUGGUUAGUACCUCCGUCUGGGCCUUAUUAAAUCCGUCACCUACAGUAUUGUUGAAGUGAAAGUGAUUUUUAGGGUUUGAAAACAUAAAUACAAAAAAAACAUGUCAACCAUGAGCUUAUGUUGCUAACUGGAACAGGGUUAAGUUAGGCGGGAGAUCUGAGUUUAUGGUUGUAAACAUCACCUUUUUUUAUAAUUUAUUCCUAAUUAGCUUCUUUCUUUCAGCUGUCACCAAAAUAUGCUAGGUGGAGCAAUCUAAAUGAGCCAGCAUGAAUUUUGCAUUUGGUUUAUUAUGUUAUUGCAAAUGUACAUGUGAGCUGAAGCUGCUUUUAAGAUAAAUAAUAAACUGGUAUCCAAUUA